GCGUCAAAGAAGAAGAAGAAGAAGAAGAAGAAGAUUAACAGGGAGUUGUAGUUAUCAAAUUCACCGUGAAUUCUUCCUAUUACAAGCAGUAAUAAUGUCUGAGGACAGAGCUGAACGAUCAGAUGGACGUAUAGUGAAGAUGGAGAUUGACUACAGUGCUAAUGUAGAUCAGCGUCUGCCUGAGUGUGAGAAAAUGGCCAGAGAUGGCAGACUGCAGGAGGCCAUCGAAAGUCUGCUGUCACUAGAGAAGCAAACAAGAACUGCUUCAGAUAUGGUGUCCACCUCCAGGAUCUUGGUGGCUAUAGUUCAGUUAUGCUAUGAAGCCAAAGACUGGGAUGCCUUGAAUGAAAACAUCAUGCUACUGUCUAAGAGAAGAAGCCAGCUGAAGCAGGCUGUUGCAAAGAUGGUACAGGAAUGUUAUACAUAUGUUGAUGCUGUGACUGACCUGUCAAUCAAACUCCGACUCAUUGACACACUACGCACCGUCACUGCAGGAAAGAUAUAUGUAGAGAUUGAGCGUGCCAGGCUGUCUAAAACAUUGGCCCAUAUAAAAGAGCAAAAUGGAGACGUGAAAGAGGCUGCAUCCAUUCUGCAGGAACUGCAGGUGGAGACAUAUGGAUCAAUGGAGAAGAAGGAGAAGGCUGAGUUCAUUCUGGAGCAGAUGAGGCUGUGCAUUGCUGUCAAGGACUACAUUCGAACACAGAUCAUUAGCAAAAAGAUCAGCACUAAAUUCUUCCAGGAGGAAGGCAGUGAGGAUUUGAAACUGAAAUAUUAUAAUCUGAUGAUUCAAGUUGAUCAGCACGAGGGCUCCUACCUGUCCAUAUGUAAACAUUACAGAGCCAUAUAUGACACUCCUUGUAUUCUGGAAGACGCCUCCAAAUGGCAGCAGGCUCUGAAGAGUGUAGUGCUCUAUGUGAUUUUGGCACCCUAUGACAAUGAACAGUCUGAUUUAGUUCAUCGAAUCAGCAUUGACAAGAAACUGGAGGAAAUACCCAAAUACAGGGAUCUCCUGAAACAAUUCACCACCAUGGAGCUGAUGCGCUGGUCAUCUGUAGUGGAGGAUUAUGGAAAGGAACUGAGGGAGGGUUCCAUGGAAACUCCGGACACUGACGUCUUCAACCACUCAGAAGAGGGAGAAAAGAGAUGGAAAGAUCUGAAAAACAGAGUGGUAGAACAUAACAUCAGAAUAAUGGCGAAGUAUUACACAAGCAUCACGAUGGGGAGAAUGGCAGCCCUGCUCGACCUCUCUAUUGAUGAAUCAGAAGAGUUCUUAUCUAACCUGGUGGUCAAUAAGACCAUCUAUGCGAAAGUGGACCGCCUCGCUGGUAUCAUUAAUUUCCAGCGGCCUAAGGACCCUAACGAUCUUCUGAAUGACUGGUCUCAAAAACUGAACUCUCUCAUGUCUCUUGUCAACAAAACUACUCAUCUCAUUGCCAAGGAAGAGAUGAUCCACAACCUCCAGUAGAGCCUGUCAGGGAGUCUUUGGUACACUUUUUUUUUUCACCGUGAAACAUUUGAUUAAACAAAUGUUAAA